AUGAAUAAAUUCUUAAAAUUAAUUGGAAAAGACACAGAAAAAUAUAAAAAGGUUUCUUAUUUUUUUUUGUAAGGUUAAAUAACAAGUUCAAUGUAAGAUUUAAAGAAGAUUGUUUAGGACUUAUAAAGUUUAUAAAGCAUUAAAAAAAUUUAAGCCAGAAAAUUCAAAGGCAAUGGCUUUGAUUAUAAAUUCAACAGGAGGAAGUCUUGCUCAUGCACAUAUAAUAUAAAGGAAAUUUGAUUUAGUAAGAAAAAGAUACAAUAUUCCAUUGUAUACAUUUGCAGAAGACUACGCUUUGUCUGGAGCAUUUUAUUUGUUGUGUAUGGGAGAUAAAAUAUUUUGUAAUAAAACUUCAAUUGUUGGAGCAGUGGGAAUAUAAAUUUAAACUUUAAAUAUUCUUAAAUUAUUAGAGCAUUACAAAUUGGAAGUUCGUACUUAUAAUUCUGGUGUUAAUGAAACAUUUUUAUAAUAAAUAGAUCCUUUAAAUGAGAAUACUUCAACACAUAUAUUAGAAAAUAUUAGUGCUUAAUAAAAUUAAUAAUUACAAUUAUAGAUAAGAUAAAUGAUUGGAAAUAGAGAAAAUAAAGAAGUAAUAUUAAAUGGGUCUAUAUAUAAUGGAUAAUAAUUAUUUGAAGAUUAUAAGUAUUUAUUAAUAUAUAAAUAAUAGAUUUAGUAAUGGUAUAGGGUAAUAUUUAAAUAUAUUAGCCAAAGAAUAUCCAUAAAAUAAAUUAGAAAAUGCUACUUAAAAAACUUAGAGAGAAAAAAUUAUAGAGUUCUUUUAAAGUAAGUUAAAUUGAGUGAUAUUAUAUAUAAAUGUAAUUAUGAUUCUAUUAUUAUAAUAAAGUUAGAAAUUAUUAUACUAUGAAAUAUCAAAUUCCUAUGGAAUUAGCUGUUAACAAAGAUUGUAGAAAAACAUAAAGUGCCAAUAAAUGUAGAGGUGCAGAAUCACCAAAUAAAUUGUACUAAAACUUUACUCAUAAAAAUUCAAGUUAACCAAAAGUUGUGAAUCUCUUUCGAAGUUUUAUUUUUGACAAUUUUAUUUUAUAGAUCAUCCUUAUAGAUAUAACCAAUAUCUACAAACUUCAAUAGAUGUUCAUGAAAUAAACAAAUCUAAAAAAUCUGUAAGUUCUCAUCAAAGAGUUAAGACUGAAAUUGAUAAACCAAAUGACUUUAAUAAAAGAUUUUAUCCAAAUGAGAUCUAAAUGUUUUUAAGUAUUAAUUGAAAUUCAUAGGAUAGAUAAGGUUGAGAUACAAAAGAACAAGUUGAAUGUUUUAAAUAAAACUAUCACAAAUAAAGGUAAUCGAUUAUAGGCAGUUAAAGUUAAUUAAGGAAGGUUUCUUUUCUAUAUUAUAUAUAGUUUAUAGAGAAAUUUAUGAUUGCAAUAAUUCCAAGUAAUCUAGUUAACCAGAUCUUUAAGAUUAAAUACUUAGAAAGACCAAUAAUUAUUUAAGUAAAAAUCAUCUCAAUUAUAAGGAAAUAAUCGUAAUGGAUAAUCAACUCCAAAUAAUAUUGAUGAAAAUCCUUAAUUUAAUUACUUUUAACAUAAAAUAGAGUAUAGAAAUAGAAGAAGUAAUUAUACACGAUCAGAUGAUGUAACUCCAUUAAGAAGAUCUGUAUUUUAAUAGAUUUAAGAUUAUAGUGAUACAAAAUUAGAGUAUACAAACCAUUAUUAAAUUAUAGUUAAAUAAAUGUAACUAAGGAAGAGGAUAUAAUGCAAUUUUCAUUUGGUUUAUAGUAUAAUAAAUUGAGAGCUUUAAAAAGGUUUCCAAAAGAUAUAUUUUAUGGAGAUGUUCGAAAGGCUAAGAAAAAUUUACAAAUGUAAUGA